AUGAGCAGCACGGACACGCUAGAGCCGAUACCCCGCAGCAUUGCGCCGGACCAGGAGUUGGCCAUUCUCAAGCUCAUCCUAGACUUACGCAGCCUGGGCGAUGUGGAGGGCAGCAAAAAGGUACGGCGGCGAGUGCGCGAGGCGCUUCUGAAGAGCAGCGAUGAUUCAGAGGCGAUGAACAAGGUGGAUGAUAUCAUCCGUCGAGGUAAGCGCGCGCAGAGCAAGUUGGACGGAAGUUACGAGGAACGACAGCGACUCAAACGUAAGCGUCGUGAGGAAGACUUGGCGGCAGCGUCACGCCUCAUCGACGUCGAGGCAGGCAGCGGCGAGGACUCGGAGGGAUCAGCAUCCACGGAGGAGGAGGGCACCGAGGAAUAG